CCGGGUCGACCGAGGUUGUGUGCGCGUGCAACCGAUCGCGAAACGUGAAACGGCAAAACUAACCCCGAACGAAACGAAACGAAUCCCGAACUGCGGCUACGUAUUCCCGGCACCGGUUAACGCGUUUUGCAGUGGGGCGUUUUCCAACUUGAUUUGUUGGUGCGUUGUGUAGAAAGUGAUUUUAAAUCAAUCGCCUCUCGAGAACGAGGCUUUGCAAAAAAUGGUUUCGAAUUGAUUCCUCGAGAGUGCUCGAUCGUUUCCAGGGAUAUCCACUGUCACCGUGUAGUGAAACGUGGUGUAGUAGCAAUAUUCUUAAGGUUACUGCAGUACCUAGCUACCGUUCGGAUUACCAGCUGAUUCUGAUAGUCACCGGCAUUGUGUAAAAGAAAAACGGGGUGAACCCCUGGCCUAACUGCAGACAAAAGUCAUCAAUUUAAAUUUUCCCCUCAUCAGCAUACGAGCUAAUCCGAGCGCAAUCAGAUUACCGAAAAGGAUAAAAGUCCGGUGAAUAAAAUAAAAUCUCAUAAAAAGGACCAAAAGCCAACCCCGAAAUAACGUUCACCCCUAGUGAUUUCAUGUGUCUGUGUGUGUGUGUGCUCGUGUAUUAGUGCGUGUGGAAAAGGUGCGUCUAGAAGGUAAGCUUGGCCUACUAGAUGAUUGUUGGAAAAGCAGCCGUAAGGUAGCGCGUGUAGUGAAGCGAAACGAGCGUCUAGUAUGCAUGUGAAGUUUUCCAUCAAGUCAAACAGCGAGCAGCUUGUGACGACGGGUCGCCCGUUUCGCGUUUGAAGCAAGAUACACCAGAAGAAAGUGCUACCGAGCUACAUUCGCCGGAAAGCGCCCUUCCGGGAAGUGAGUUCGCGGAGCGGAAACGACGAAAUUUAAAUUCGGUCCCAACGCACUCCGGGUCCCGGGCCGGAAGUGAAACGGUUCCGCGUUCCCCGUGUGCCUUUGGGGUUGCGCUGUAAUUGUAAGAUUGACAGCGUGAACAGGGAAAACGGAGUAAGAGUGCCCGUGAGUAUGUUUGUGUGAAGCGCUCACUGACGCAGUGUGAGUUCGUGUGUAAGUGUAACAAGCGAGCGUGUGUGUGUACGGAAGAAGGUGUGUGUUCUUGUAAGUUUAUUUAGUGUGCAGGAAGGCCAUCUGCCAUGGAUGAAAUUGGAAUGAAUAGCGUAAGCACGUGAAAGGCAGGCGUGUGGAAAAAUCAUUUAAGCUUACACAGUGCCAAGUAAAGAAGCGAAGCAGUGAAAAAGAGUAAGCUUUUUUUCCAUUGCAGAAAAAAGUGUGCCAAGUGGUGAAAAGGCGGUGAUGAUGAUGAUGCUAUAACGCACAUUAAAUAAGCGGCGUGAAAAGUGCCGUGCGUAAAUAAAGUGUGUAAGUGUGUCCUCAGGUGACGCAAGUGAGUCUGACCAAUCGAGGAAAAUUCGGGCCAUUAAAAGGGCCGUAAAAUUGGAGUGGACUGAGUGUCGCUAUGGAAAAAAUUGCUUGACAAGUGGCAUUUUCAUUCGAAUGGUGGUGAAUAGUGCGAAACGUUACAAAACGAGGUGUGAAGGUGUGCAGGUCAGGGAAAAGCGAAUCGUGCAUGUGGAACGGCUCAUCAACGCUCAACGCUGGAACGACGUCCUUCAGGAAUAAUAGUCCACCGGUAGUCGGAGUGAUCGCUGCUUGCGGUGAAUUGUUGUAGAUCUUUUUUUUUUCUUCACCGUACCGAACCGGAAGCUUCCCAUUUGACCGAUGGCCGGGACGACCGCAAAUGAUUAACGAGCCAUAAUAUUGAAAUCACCUGUCAGUGGGCACAUAAAUUAAGUACCGGGAACGUAAUGCGUAUUGGGUGAGUUUUGUGUGUGUGUGUGCGGUUUUGGGCCUAAAGAAAACGCUUGCAACUCGACACGAUCGUCAGCGCUGUUUACAAACACCUAGACAGCUGGUGAAGCACGCACAGUAAACGUCAAACGUGGCUGUGCUGCCAGUCCAAAGCACGCCCGGCAAUGUACGAACGCGCACGGUAAGGUUAUGUUGAGUGGUUCGGUUCGGACGAGCGGCUUGCGAUCGCCGAUGUACGCAUCGCAGGUUAGGGUGAUCUGCGUGCUCGAUGCUCGUCUGCUGUUGCUGCUGCUGACACUGCUGACGCCGUACGGAUGUGGCGAGCUCGGUUCCUCCCAGACCGGUUUGAUCCGGGUGGAGCACGAACAGGGCCCAGCUCUGUCCGCUUCGUCGCAGCUGUGCGGCGGAAGUACACUUACUGCACCGCACGGCAUCAUUUCGACGCCCAACUUUCCUGCCCGCUUUCCGGUACCGAUCAGCUGCACCUGGAUUAUUGACGCAUCGGCGAUCGUUGGUGCGAACGUGUCGAUCGUGCUGUACCUGACGCAACAGUACGUGCUCGGUGGAUUGCGGUUUACCGAGUACAUGUACUACAGUGACGACUACAAGGUGCCGAGCAUGAACGUGUACGAGCUGAGCGAGGACGAUGUGACCAGUGUGCCGUGGAUACGGUUCAACAGCCCGUACCUGGAGGUGAGGUUCACCAUGGACAGUUUGUACGGGACACAUCUGCGCGCGCUCGACCGGUUGCUGGAUGUUUACGGGUUUAACAUCACGUACGAGGUGGACACGGUUAAGCCUCAUACGUGCAAUGCGCUGCGCUGCCGGUUUCUGGGCAACUGUUACGCGAAGCAGGAUUUCUCAUCGUACUACUGUGGCUGCUAUCCUGGAUUUAGUGGUCCCGAUUGUGGCGAUGGGCCGCUCUGUAAGGACGCGAAUGUUUGUGAGAAUGGUGGCACGUGCAAGCACAUCGGUGACAACGCCAUCAUCUGCAUCUGCCCGGCCGGAUUUAAGGGCAAGCGAUGUGAGAUCAACGAGUACGACGAGGUCACAGGAUGCAAUCUCGACAAGGAAGGCGACGACUGCUUUCGCCAGUGUAUUUCACCCGGUGACAGCCUCGACGUGUGCCGCUGUGACCAGAGCAUAUCGUCCUCGAGUCGUGGACGAGCCAAAUACGAGAUGACGGUACGGUUGGCAAACGCAUCACACUUCGAACUGAACGACAACGGUGAACAUCAGCUGAAUGAAAACACAGUGACGGUGCUGGAAAAGCAGAUCAAUCGCUUUUUGAGGAAUUUCAAUCUAUCCAAAAUCAAUGAUCUGGAAGUAUUCACAACGAAGACAAACGCGAUCCCUACCGGAACCGUUGGGGGCACGUCGAGUACCAAGAGUGGACCAGCUGUUGCGGCCGUUGGAGGUGGUCAGGUAAUGUUUCAAUUUUUCGGCCCCAAAAUCGACUCCAGCCGGGUGCGGGAAGCGAUGGACAAAAUGACGGAACGGGGCCGCAUCGGCAAUGUGAGUCUCGUGCCGGGGACGAAGCUUUCCUUUCGCCAGGAUGUCGGUUUAAUGCUGCAGUCGGUGGUCAUCAAUCAAAAAGGACCGAUCCGAGAGAACACCGAGUUCAUACUGUCCUGUGUGGCGCAGGGCUCAUCAACGAUGUCCUUCCGGUGGUACAAGAACGGCUACUUCGUGAACGUGACCAAAGCAACAAGGAACAUGUGGACCCGCCUGCUGCCGCUGGACUCCAAGGAUCACUACACCGCCCUGCUCGGCAUCAACCGGGCAAAUCGUCUUGACGAGGGCAUUUACACCUGCCAGGUUUCCGACAUGGGCAUCCAGCAGUGCCGUUCGACGAAGGUACAGAUCCUGGAGGUACCGCAACUGCGCGUUGAUCCACCGAGCGUGACACUGUUCCGGGGUGAUUCGCUGCUGAUCCGCUGCCUGUCCCAGGACAUCGACCGACGGUUCGGUACGCUCGGUUACAGCUGGACGAAAAACGGAGCCCUAUUUCAAUCCGACCCGCACGGUGAGCUCUGGGAGGAUCUCUACCCGGACGGAAGUAUCCUUAAAGUGAACAACCUACAGAAAUCGGUCGUCUUUACCUGCAUUGUGUCCAACUCGGUGGCACCCGUGUCACGCAGCGUACACGUGACGGUGGUCGAACCGGGCACGGUUACGCUCUGUCCACAGAAUGAAGAUUUCGGUGUGAGUUGGCCUGCCAGCGCUAGCGGUCCGGCCGUGUUGGCCGAUUGUCCCAAGCGGGGGACUGGGCUGGCGAGUCGUAUCUGUGAGCAGCGAGACUUUGGACGGCCGGAAUGGUUGGUGCCGGACUUUUCCGACUGUGUGCCGGAAGAGGUGAUCGAGAUUGACAAUGAGUUCCGAGGGCUUACGUACGGCUAUCAGAAAACGAACGGGUCUAACGUGCUGCAGUCGUGCUUGAAAUUUGCUACAACCCACGCGGCCACCUUUCUGCCGGGCGAAGGUGGCGUAAUGUUGGGCCUGCUGCAAGAGGUAUUCAGCUACAUCGAAGCGACCGGAACGCGUCACGAGCAGGAAAUCGCUUCGGACAUCAUUUUACGCAUCGUGGACGUCGUGAUGCAGAACAAAGCGUCACUCAACAGUCAACAGCAAAUCAAGCAGCUACAGGACCUGGUACAGGCAGCCGCUCUCAAUCACGAAACUACAAUGGCGGCCCCGAUUUCGUCCUCCUCCUCGUCGGCCCUCGGACCAGCCGCCGGUGCAGGAGGCGUUAAACAUGCCGCUUCCACCACGGCCACCCAUCAGCUCAACUCCUUCUAUCUGUACACGGAAACGGUCAAGGGCCUGCCGUUCAAUUUGCAAAUUUACGGCGAUCAACUCUACUCCGACCAGCUGUACAUGGAAAUGGACCGUUCCGCUUCACUGCAGGACAUCGUGGCCAACGGGACCGUGCUGGUGACGGUGAUAUCGUACAAAAAUCUUACCAGCUUUCUGCCCCGCUUUUAUUUUGCCAAAAACAGCUUCGGCACCGACAUCGACUACAUCCCGGCGUCGAAAAUCAUCUCGAGCUGGCUGUACUACGCGAACCGUACCGGGAGCGAGGCUAACCAACCGUUACACGUGCCGCUCGAGGCUGCCCACGUGGAAAUCAUUUUUCAGCAUGAAAAUUCACCCACCACCGAAUGGAUACCGCUCUGUGGCUACGACUCAAAGGCGACGUUCGAACCGACGUGGCGUACGGAUCUAUGCAUCACCGAGAAUCUGCUGGAAAACAUCACCCGCUGCAUCUGCCCACUGUCGGGCACGUUCGUGGUACUGCUGGCGAAGAAGAACUACAACCCCACGGUACCGAAGACAACGGCCCGACCGAUACUGGUAGUGAUCAGCUGUGGAUGUUGCUUCCUGCAGUCGUGCAUCGCCUUCGCCAUCAUGCUGCCGAUCCUGUAUCAGCGGCGGUGCUGUGUGACCUUUUUAAAAAUGCAAUUCUGCUCCGCCACCUCGAUGGCGAUGGCAAUAUUCAUUCUCGGCCUGCUGCAGCUGUUCCCGCCGGAAUGGUACGCACUGGUGAUGGCCCUGCUGUCCGGGUUUCUGCUACUGAGCACCUCGACGCUGGUCGCCAUCACCGUCCUGGUGACGACGGAACUGCACGGCCCGAGCCGCAAACUGAUUGCCGCCACCAACCUGGCCACCGGCAUCUCGGGCAGCAUCGGGCUGAGCUGGUUUCUGCCGAUACUCUGUGCCACCUCGACACCGCUCGUGUACAACGUGAUGGUCGAGUCGCCGGCACACUGGUGGCAUGCGUCCGAUUCCUUCGGUUUCGUGCUGUUCGUCGUCAUCGAGGCACUGUUUGUGGUGCUGUUCGUGCUGCUCUUCAUCACGCUCAUCAAGCGGCUGCUCUAUCUGGCCCGGAAGCACGACAAGCACAACACUUCCAUCCUGCGCAGGAUUCGAUUGCUGUACCGGACCGGGCUGCUGUUCGUGUCGAAUGUGCUCUGCCACACGUUCUACCUGGUGUACGUCAAUACGGACGGUUUGACGUCGGGCGGUUAUCUGUUCAGCGGUAACAGCAUAGCACUGGGAUUUUGUAUACUGUUUAGCUUUGUAGUGAAGGCAGAACUGAAGCAAGAUACGACCGAGUCGACCAGCAGUAAGUCCAGCACUAAAAAUAGUCUGGACGAAAACUUUUGCUCGGGAUCAAUCAAUAGUCCGUUAAGUUUUUAUACAAAUCAGGAACUAGAUAAGGAUAACGAAUGCCUAUCGUCGGUGGGUAAGACAACGAAGAUUCCUCUGACAAUACUGUCCUCCCAGCAACCGCCACCGUCAGCCAACCAGCCGGGACAGCAGGGCCCUUCCUCACAGCCCGGAUCCUCCGCCGGUCCGCACAUCACCACCAUCGAACCGUGCCUGCAGGUGGACCUAGACGGGCACAGUAUGGACACGUUUCUUGGUGCUACGGGAGGGCUCUGCAACUAUGCAACCGUCACCGCACCAUCGUUCGGCGGGACCGGUUGCUACGAUCUGGCCGGAAGUAUACUGCUACCACCGGGGCCGGGCGGCGGUACGAGCGUUCCGGCGACGGCGCUCAUCACAAUCGAAACCAGCCCCAGCAUAGUGCUGGCCGGGCCACCUCCGAUGGCGAGCGUACCGAGCUCGGCCAGCGUCAGCAUCGAAUGGCACCAGCAACCACCGCAGCAACAGCAACAUUCGCAUGCCUGCGGUCACCGGCCGGAACCUUUGCCGGCCACCGUCAGCUUCCUGCCCACGAUACCGACUGCCGAUGCGGGCGAUUUUGUCGGCGUAGGUGCACUGGACAUCCUGAAAGGCGUUGGACAAGACAGCAUCAUCGGCAUACGGGGCAAAGCGCUCGAGGUCGGCAACGACGGCAAGAAGGUAGUUACGGUAAUCGAAUCAUCCACCCAGCUACCACCGGCGGUCCAACCCUCGGGCACGCUGCCUCGACCCCCGGGGAAAGCAAUCAUGACGACGACAUCGUCAGCCACUCCGACGCCCACCACGUCGUCCGCCACAUCCUCCCCAGCCGGUCCCCUCAUCCCGUACUACUCGGAGCAAUCAGCAGCGGGUCCCAGUGCAGCGGUGCAUCACAAACCGGUCAUCCCGCCCGCGCCACCACCUCCCAUCAUUACCGUGACGUCGACCGAGGACGGACGGGCUGGCGGCCGUAUCGACGGGAUGCUGGAUCGCAUCUCGCACGAUCUCGACUACCUGCUGAACCGUACGGGCGAUACGACGGUGGCCUCCUCCACGGCGGCUUCGUCGUCGUCGUCCUCCGUGGUUCCGAUCCAGCUUCGACCAACGACCGGGCCGCCGGGAGCAGUAUCCACCGCAUCGCAAGGCUCCAUUAGUAGUGCACCACUAAUGCCCACUUGCCACAGUGUUCACGAAGUAAUUAUCGAAGAGUCUGAAGAAGUAGAUAGUUAAAUAUUUGCACACAAACACACACCCACACACACACACACACACACACAUACACAAAUGCAUAUGGUGGGGAGGUUUUGGGAGUGAACUUGCAGCUACAAUCCAACCAACCCACUUGGAAUGAAAAAAAAAACCGUUGCAGGGGUUUUCAGUUGAUAAGACAAAAUCAUCACACUUUUAUGACAAUGGCGGCAGAGGGUAUGUCAAAAGUGAGAUGGGCACGGUAAGCGUAGCAGAUCACAUUAGAAUCGCAGCCUUUUUUCAUCAUCACUACAAAUGUCUGUCCAGUUGACUACAUAAAACAGAUGUACAGUGUCGGUCAACACAGUAGGAUUAGCGCUUAAUUUCUGCUGUUAAACUACUUUUUUCAAUACAUAAGUUAGGUGUAAAAAGAAUCACCCAGUCCAAACUUUCUAUCUAAUUGCUGUGCCGAAUUAUUUCGCAAUAAUCCUGAAAGCCUGAAAACAUAUUAGAUUAACAACUUUCUUUCAUAUUAAGUGCGAUAGUCUGACAAUACUAAUCUGGUCUGGUAAUACUAAAAAUAUAAAUAAAUAAGUGCGAUAGUCUGUAUUACAGUUAUAAGACUUAAAAAUAAGGUACCCCGAGCGAUAGAAAUUUGUUGUCGCAAAUUUUAAUUGUGGAAUUCUUUAAUUGUCGAAUGGUUUUAUUGCUUAGUCUCGCGUAUUUUGGCUAUGAUAUCUUCAGCAUGACAGUCCCGUGAAAGAUUUGGUUAUCGAUGGCAGUCUUUGAACGACGUCCAUCGACAUAGUCUUCCAAUACGCAGAAUUUACUCGCCAGAUAAGGGUAAAAUCAAUCCAAAGGAAGCUAGAAAUGGCAAGUCGAAACCUUUCGAGGUUCUAGGUUUAGAGGUCGAGCGAGCACCAACGUGAAUCAGAGCCAAUGUUUGGAUAGAUUUAAUGAUGAUGUUUUAGUGCCUCGCUUUCCCAAAACAUUCAAGCAAGUUUUACUAAAGUAACUAUUUUUUAUUCGUGAAAUAGCGACACCCAUAACCUCACUUUUACGUUUUUAUCAAGUUUGGUCAAGUUUGUCCGUCACUGUGAGUUCGCUCCAAUGUUCAACAAGUUAUCAACGACUCAUAAAACCAAAAGAACUACGAGCAGUAAAGAUCAACAAUUUAAUAUUACUAGAGACAAUAUACUCUGGAGAUAUACUUCUAGAGACUAGACGGCAGACCACAAGACAUGACGCAUAAGCGUAAUGAAAUUGUUCUACCUUUACCUCCAUUUCUCUGAUUGUGUCUGCUGUAGCCUUUGUGCUAUAAUCCGCUGAAUGAGUACCCCUGUAAAAUCCCUGUCUCUGUGAAAUAAGACUAUUGACUUCUACACACCAUUUUAAAGGCGUUGAUUCUGGUGUUAAAAUGUCCUGCGAUUUUGAAGUUAUCUGCCUUAUGCCAGACUUAUUCUUUACCGCCAUUGUCUAAAGAGUUGAUAAGUUUGUCUUAUUAACUAAUACCCUUGUACUGAUUUGUUACAGUUUUUAAAGUAAUUUCCUCUUUUUCAUAUCUCAAAGGAAGAUUUAUUUUCAAAAAAAGGAUAAGUUUCCUUUAACUUUAGCAAUAGUUUCAUCCUUUAUGUUAAUCGCUCAAUAAUCUCGAGCAAAUGUUAAACCAGUUCCCCCAUAAUCAUCACCCUGAUCGACCGGUGGCAUGGGAUGGAACAGAUUGGCCAAUACUCUCCUACCGUGUCCGCUCCAUUUCAUUCAAUAACCAUUCUCAUCAUCCCAGCGCCAGAUAUUGACAUCUUCAUCGCCGUUCAUCGUCAUCGUUCCGCUAACGGGACGACGCAAAGAUUGACUUCAUUAUUCCGUUCCGUUCGCCCCGUCGGUCGGUCCCGUCCGUGGGUGCGCAAGGGAUGUCGAGGGAUCAUGCAAUUAGCGCUAAUGUAAUAAGGUAACAUUCGGGGGGGCACACGAGCAAGGAAACUCAAAUUUCCCCCCGAUGGAAUGAUGCUGCGAAUUUGGGGACCAUCGGUUCCGCGUAUCUCUCAUUCUGACCGGAUGUGUCUUGUUCUACCCAAAUCAUCCACCACCGAUUCUGCUCAAUUCCAAAAAGGGAUCCAGAUUUUUUUUUCCCCCUGUUGACUCCCCGCAGAGUGAGGCCAAUGAGUCGAAUUCUGGAAUUCUGGAAUCGGAAAGCUAAUUGAUCGGAUAUUUCCCAACACAUCAUUCCCAGCGCAUCCAUCUUUCGGCGCAAACUUUUCGGGAGCCUCACGUCAUCAGCACGGGAAGGGGCAAACCUUCCCGCACCUCCUCGCGCUUGUCUCACCUGUCAGAGUCAGAGAUGGUGAGUUUGCUGUUGUGAGUUGCCUUCUGUUUGCUAUUGUCACUUAUCAACCUUAUGCUGAACUACGCACUGACUUGUUAUCUUGCCCGCUUACGUGCACUAGUUUUCCCUUUGAUGAAAACGCCAUCCCGCAAAUCCCGAGGCUCUGGUCCGAGCUGAGCGGGGUACGAUCGAAACUAGUCACGGAAGCGUCCUCCUCCUGCGAACAUGCCUAUAUUCCCGGACGGAUAAUAAAUCUUCUGCCGCCAUUUUUAUCUCACGCGAUGGGGAAGAGGGUUGUAAGAGUGGGAGCAGAUACGAACGUUAUGAUACGAAAUGAAAGUAUAAAACUACAAAACUGCACAAAAGACUAGCGUUGAAAUAGGAACGGGCGAACAGGAAAAAAAAGGGAAAAAAUGCUGGGAUAACUACAAAACGAACGAACAAACACUCACAAAUCUUAAGUAGAAAGAAAAGCGAGAUAUUAAAAGAGUGGGAAAACAAGCGUUUUUAUAGCGACCUAAUAAUAGUGAUAAGAAGACAUGGUUAGACAGGGCAGGAAACUCGUUUAAAGAGUAAGUGUAAUUAUAUUCAAAGAAACGAAUGGGAGGUGUUCUGUAAAUAGUAGUCCAGUUUGUACAUAAUUAGUCAAAUUUAAUACAUACACACACACACUAUCCUCACCUAUGUAUGCGCGAGUGGAGCUCAUACGCACCUGUACAAGCAUCGGAAGGAAUCAAAGUACGUCUAAGCCUCACCACACCUCUUUUCGUUAUCUGUUUUCUUCUGUUUUCCAUCGGGUGUGGUGAAGAAAAAUGAUACCAAAACAACACAAAUGAGCUCUUUAAGGCUGAUCGAGAACCAUCUUUUGUAUAUAGAUUUUUUCUCAAUUACAAACCAUACGAAAAAAUGUUCCCAGCAUGGACGACAGUUUAAGUAGUUUCAUUUCGUAACGGCCACCAGGUAUGGCAGUGUAAGCGAAAGUUUUCUAUUUUUUAUUUCCUUUUACUGCUGCGUGCGUGUUGUUAAUCGAUUUGAGAAAGAGGUGUUACUUCAACAACCCCUGUUUUCUAACAGAGCAAACUCUGCGCCAGCGCCUUUUUACUUGCACGGACGGGGUUGAGCGCCAGUGCAUUCUGUUUACGAAAACGAUAAAGUUCUUUUUAGCAAAACUAUGUGUAAGAUUGGGAAAAACAUUCUCCGAACCAAGGCGGCAGCAAACAACCAACCAAAUACAAAGCAAAAGUGGACCUCCGUUUUUCCGAUACAAACAGAGAAGAAAAAAGAGGGAGAGAGUGAGAGAGCAAAAUUUCCUUAAACUUCUCACCCUCGUCUCGUGCAACAUUUAUAAAUUCUAGCAAAAGGGAGAAGAAAAGAAAAAUAUAUAAAAAAGGGCGAAAAUUGAGUUGGAAAAUGCAUACCAGAAAAGGAAAAUUAUUACAAAAAACAGACAAACAGUGAGUGAGAAAGCGUGUAAGAGUGAGGAAGGAAAGUGGACGGCAGAAGAAGAAAACAAGAAAAAGAAAUAGUGGAAAAAAGUGUGCAAAAAAGCCAGAGCGAAGUGAAAUGAAAAUUUUAGUUUCCUCCAUGUACAGUAAAGGAAAAUUAAGUGAAGGAAAACGACAACACACGAAAAAGAUUAAAGAGAAAAAACACUCACACACACCGACAAACGACGAACCGGGAACUGUCGUACCGACCGAACCGCUCGUCUGUGUGGGUGUGUGCACACGGUGGUUGUGUGAAGCUGAAAAUAAUUAAAAAA